GCUCAAAUGACAAAUAUUUAUUGCAGAUUAAGACCUUCAGAUCUUUGAUAGGAACUAUUCUGUGUGCACAGAGAGCUCUGGUGUAAGGGUGACGGACAUUUUUUUGACUUUGGUAAAUCAUUAACAUCGAUUAAUCCCCAAGCAAAGGGAACAGUUUCAGAGGAAAGAUCUACAAAGUUACGGUCAUUGUGAAGUAAGCUCAGAAAUGAGGGCUUCUUUAAAACUCAUCAGCUUCACCUUUUGGAUUUUUUCUUUUACUUUUGCACAAGAUCAAGAAUGUCAUCGAAAAGACAUCACAGCGGAAAACAUAGAACCACUUGAGAAAGAAACCUACGCUCAUGGGACAACACUGAGAAUUAACUGCAUUACAGGCUACACAGGCAUUAAUAAAUAUAUAUGUAGUGACGGUCAAUGGCAACCGGUGACAGAACGAAAAUGCUCAAAGAAAAAAUGCGGUCAUCCCGGGGACACGCCAAACGGCGAUUUUACACUUUUAGACGGGAACACAGAGUUUGUUUUUGGAGCAACAGUACGAUAUACCUGCAAGAAAGGGUAUGAUAUGGCAAACAGAAUUUAUCAGCGAACUUGCAGGAACAGUGGGUGGGAUAAUGCCAUCCCUGUUUGUGAGGUGGUGACAUGCCCACCGAUUCCCGCAGAUGAAGAUUUAACAAUAUCUGGCAACACAGAAGAGGGAACUUACAGUGAUGUUAUUCACUUUGAAUGCAUGUCUCCGAACAAAAAGAUAGAUCGAGAGCAAAAUGACAUUUAUUGCAAUGAGAAAGGCGAAUGGAGUCUACCUGUUCCGAAGUGUAUAGAGAUAACAUGCACAGUAUCUGACAUACCACAUGGGACUGUUGAGUCAAACAAAGUGUACAAGAAAGAUGACACAUUACAAUACGAUUGCGAUGCGGGAUACAAACCCAGACAGGGAACACCAAGAUGCAACAAAUACGGCUGGAGUCUGAAGCCGGAGUGUGAAGAAAUAACCUGUGAACUCAAGGAAACAAAAUAUGGAAUACAAAAAAUUAAACCCGAGGGAAAAACUUUCUUUCGAGCUGGAGAAUCUGUGCAAAUUACCUGCUCUGAAACACACAGGAUAUUCUGGACAAAAGAAAGCAGAAAAACAUUUUACUGUCAGAAUGAUGGGCAAUGGGACAACAAUCCUACUUGUGAGGAGAUUAGAUGUGAAGUUCCACGUGACAGGCAUCUUUAUUCUCCAAGUUACUAUUUCUACGGCAAUAUGAAAUUGGAUGUGAAAAGAUCUUACAGUUGUUUGUCUGGAUAUCGUCAAAUGGCAGCCGUGGCCACAUGUACAAGAGAUGGUUGGAAACCAGAUCCACUGUGUGCUGGUACUGUAUGUCUUUCCAUCAACUCUCACAAUCUUUUUCCAGAAAAUCGCUGUGAAACACCAAACAUCCCAAACGCACAGAUUGUGAGUCCAGAACGCACUAACUACGAAGUCGCUUCCAAAAUAGAAUACAAAUGUCUUCAAGGAUUCGAACCCGAGCAGCCCAUAGUAAUCACCUGUAAUUCUGCAGCCAUAUGGAUAAACAUACAGAACUGCGUAGAAAAGGAAGGAUCUUGCUCAACACCAAAUUUGAAAAAUGGGCACAUAUACAGAGAUCCCCCUACAGAGGACAGUCUCUUUUAUUCAUGCAACACAGGUUAAAAACCAAUAACUGGGAAAUGGUGGGGAGCAGCGACAUGCAACAACGGCCGUUGGUCAAAUGAGCCGCGAUGUAUCCAGCAGGAAGAAUGUGGUGUUUUGCCAAGUGUUCAACAUGGACAUCUAAAAAAAACAAAUGGCAGUCAAUCUGCAGAAAUCGUAUGUGAUCCAGGAUUCAAAUCUUCACAAAAAUCAUUCAGAUGCCUCAACGGUACAUGGGAAAAACCGACCUGUGAAGUGGAUGAGGAGGGUUGUGUCAGUCCUGAAAGAGUUGAAAACGCGGUCAUCAUCUCUAAACCUCAAGAACGGUAUUCAUCUAGAUCCCAUGUGACCUACAGAUGUCAAAAAAAUGUCACAAUGAAUGGGGAUAGAAAAGUUGUUUGCCACAAUAAAAUUUGGGACAAAGCACCAACAUGUGAAGCUUUUUGUUCAAAGCCUCUUCUGACAGUAGACAAUGCCAAACUUAUUGAUGAAACCCAAGAUGGGAGGAAAUAUCCACAUGGAGACACAGUUCGCUAUGAGUGUGAUGAUGACUUUGAAUCUAUGGGAGAGACCAUCGCUAAGUGUGACGCACAAACCUGGAUUUACCCAGAAUGCAUUAGAAAAGCUCAGUGUACCAAACCGACAAAGAACUUGCGGUUUGUGACCCUGUUAGAUGAGAAAAGUCUAUACAACAACUUCGAAGGUUUGACAUACAGGUGCAAUGAACCAUAUGACAAAAUUCCAGAAGGAACUUUGAUGUGUAAAAGUGAAAAAUGGAUUGGAACCAUUGACUGCACAAGCAGCAUUUGUCCUCCACCACCUUCAAUUGAAGAUGGAGAUUAUAACAUUGAGGUUAAGAUCGAUGAGGUCAUCACAAAGGUUUCAUACUCUUGCCAAUCUUACUAUGUGCCGGACAAAGCACAGAGAUUUUACAGGUGUCAGGAUGGGAGAUGGGAGACGCCUCCAAAAUGUCUGAAGCCUUGUGAAUUUACACCUGAGAUUAAUGAGAAGUACAAUAUAAAACCUCUGCAAGAUAAAUAUGUAAAACACAGUGAAAGAAGCUUUACACGUGAUUGUAAGAAUGGAUGGAUGGUUGGAAGUUCGAGAGGAAAAUACAGCGUUACGGUGCGGUGCUCUGAUGGGAAGAUAACAAUUGAUCAAAAAUGUGAGUACAUGUUAGACAGAACACAGCGCUGGAAAAUGGAAAUAUAUCCAAUAAUUGUCUGUUUGAUUUUAGGUUUAAAUACACUUGGAUGGUCAAACGCUGCAGAAAAGAAAGGAUCUUGCACAACACCAAAUUUGGAAAACGGGUACAUACACACAGAUUCUCCUAAAGAGGAAAGUAUCUAUUAUUCAUGCAGCACACGUUACAAACCGCUCUCUGGGAACUGGUGGGGAGCAGCGACAUGCAACAACGGUCGUUGGUCAAAUGAGCCGCAAUGUAUUGAAGAGAAUAAAUGUGGUGUUUUGCCAAGUGUUCAACAUGGACAUCUAAAAGAAACAAACGCUGGACAAUCUGCAGAAAUCGUAUGUGAUCCAGGAUUCAAAUCAUCACAAAAAUCAAUCGGAUGCCACAACGGUAGAUGGGAAACACCAACCUGUGAAGUGGAUGAGGAGGGUUGUGUCAGUCCUGAAAGAGUUGAAAACGCGGUCAUCAUCUCUAAACCUCAAGAACGGUAUUCAUCUAGAUCCCAUGUGACCUACAAAUGUCACAGACAUUUCACAAUAAAUGGGAAUAGCAAAGUUUUUUGCCGCAAUUCAGCUUGGGACAAAGCACCCACAUGUGAAGCGUUCUGUUCACAGCCUCUUCUGACAGUAAACAAUGCCAAACUAAUGGUAACCCAAGAUGGGAGGAAAUAUUCACAUGGAGACACAGUUCGCUAUGAGUGUGAUGAUGGCUUUGAAUCUAUGGGAGAGACCAUCGCUAAGUGUGAUGGACAAACCUGGAUUUACCCAGAAUGCAUUAGAAAAGCUCAGUGUACCAAACCGACAAAGAACUUGCAGCAUGUGACCCUGUUAGAUGAGAAAAAUCUAUUCAACAACUUUGAUACUUUGAGAUACAAGUGCAAUAAACCAUAUGACAAAAAUCCAGGAGGAACUUUGACGUGUAGAGAUGAAAAAUGGAUUGGAACGAUUUACUGCACAAGCAGCAUUUGUCCUCCACCACCUUUAAUUGAAGAUGGAGAUUAUAACAUUGAGGUUAAGAUCGAUGAGGUCAUCACAAAGGUUUCAUACUCUUGCCAAUCUUACUAUGUGCUGAAAGAACCGAAAAAACAGUACAUGUGUAGGGAUGGGAUAUGGGACACGCCUCCAAAAUGUCUGAAGCCAUGCAAACUUACACCUGAGAUUUAUAUGGAUUACAAUAUACAACCUGUCCAAUAUAACUACGUACAGCACAGUGAUAGAGAGAUUGCACUUGAUUGUAAAACAGGAUGGAAUGCUGGAGGUGUCAAAAGAUCAGAUUAUGUGAAGGGGACAUGCUCUGAUGGGAAGAUAACUAUUAAAAAAAAAUGUGAUUCAAAAAAUAUAUUUGGAUAGACUAAGGUAAACACUGAGACCUGAAGCCUUCUGAUGUAACCAAAGCAUGAAGAUGGACAGACACACAGAGACAAGAACACAUAAAUGCAUUUAUGUUGCUGCAGUCUACAUGCUUAUCACACAGUUUCAUGGUUUCAAAUAAUCUUUAUAAAAUUAUCACUUCAGAAUAAAGAUUCACAU